CACGGCAACGGCGUUACGUAGCAAGUAGUGGAGCGAGUUCGCUUUUACUAACUUGGUGACUUGGUCACUCAGUGAGUGUGUCUUCAACGGAGGCCAAAGGAGUCCUUAUAAUCGACGCUUGCAUAAUUACCUAUCAAGAAGAACCAUCUUUAUCCGCCCUCGGCGCGUGUGUCUUCGUCACGACGUCUCACGUUUAGCUUUUACUCCGUUGUGUCUUCGUCGUGUAUAUACCUACUUACGCGAAUCGCGAACGAUGAUAAUCGUACUGAUCGAUACCAAAGCUUUUUACGUUUUCAAAGAAGAAAGAAAACGACGAUCGAGCAGGUGGAAUUAUCGAUUAUCGUGAUUCACUCUUGCUUCCACUUUCUUCGGAUACAACGACGUCUAUAACUCGCGAUGAUCGACUAUUGAACAUCGUUGGAAUGUCGAGUGAUCCGUUGCGAAGUGUUCGGAAAUCGUACCGUAACCGACGUGCCGAAGUUAUACGUUAAUAAGAUCGAGUCGAAAGUAAGAGUAAUAAUCAACGAUCGAUACCGUUCGAUCUCCCCAAUACAAAUUUGUGUGCUGUGUAACGGACUCAAUGGAAAAGACGUGAACGACAACACCGUGGAUAUGAAUGAAUCGCGCGUGAUUAAACAACGAGCUAGGCUCGUCGAUCGCGCGAACAUCGGAUGUUUACUCUGAUCGCGAGCCGUCCUUCCGUUUCCCUCGCGAUCGGCAAUGUUAAAUCGUGCACUAAUAUCGAUAGUAGUAAUAAUAGUAAUAGUAAUGAUACUACAAAUUAAAUCGGUUGUAUGAAAGCUUGAUAGAAGAAGAAGAAGAAGAAGAAGAAGAAGAAGGGAUCGAGGAGUCGUCGUCUCAACAACGAUCGAUUCGCUCGAAACGAAAGGAAGAAAAUUCGAAAAGUUCGAUCAAAGGGCCCGAGUGUGCGCGUGUGUAUGUGUGUAAGCGUAUGCGAGUGUUUUCAUGAAAACCUUCGAGGUUCCUAAGAAUGUCUGAUAGUUCGGAUCAGCUGUCACCGCCGAACAGCGACUGUAAUAGUCAAAUGGGUGGCGUGCAUCGGAACACUGCUGGCGGACAAUACAGCAAUUCUUCGAUGUCAGCCCUUACACUGAGCCAUCACGCACAACCACAGAAUCUAACGCCCACGUCGGACGGUAGUCCUCAGUAUCCCCAAGAAUUGUCCACCUGCAGCUCGACGAACGUAUCCACGAAUAUUGGAAAUAUCGGUGGACUCUCGCUCGGUACAACCAUCAGCAAUUUUACACCCGAACAAAUAUCCUGCAUGUGCGAAGCGCUGUCGCAGAGCCAAGACAUCGAGAAACUUACCAGGUUUCUCUGGUCGUUACCACCCGGUGAGUUGCUGCGUGGCGGCGAGAGCGUUUUAAUGGCUCGAGCGGCGGUAGCAUUUCAUCGUGGUGCCUAUCACGAGCUCUACUCGAUCCUCGAGAGUCAUCCGUUUUCGCCGCGACGGCACCCAGAGCUUCAACAAAUGUGGUACAAAUCGCAUUACCGCGAAGCCGAGAAGAUUCGUGGUCGUCCUUUGGGUGCCGUCGAUAAGUAUCGACUUCGAAAGAAGUAUCCUUUGCCAAAGACGAUCUGGGACGGCGAAGAGACCGUCUAUUGCUUCAAGGAACGAUCGAGGAACGCUUUGAAGGAGUGCUACAUGAGAAACAGGUACCCGACGCCCGACGACAAGAAAAACUUAGCCAAGAAAACGGGCCUCACGUUGACCCAGGUCUCUAAUUGGUUUAAAAAUCGAAGACAAAGGGAUCGUACGCCGCAAACCAGAUCGGACAUGCUGCCACUAAACUGUCAAAGCACAACGAACAGUACGAUAAGUAAUUCGGUGAGCAACGGAGGAAGUAUGCAAUCAUUGCAGAGUAUCGACUCGGACAGUCCGAAUCUAGCGAUGUCACCUUUAUCAACGAUGGGUAUGUCGCCAGCCGCGAUGAAUCCAUGUAGUCCAAUGGGUAUGAGUCCUAUGGGGCCUCAUCAUCACGGAUACGCGACUCCCGUAACGCCGUCUUCCGUACACACGGCUCAUCCACAUAAUGGUGGUCUAAGUCCGAUGAACGACGUCAAAGCGUUAUGCUAUGGUCGUAGCGUUUACGACAGUGGUAAAGACGUCGAACAGAGUUCGGUUUAUUAUCCCAGUCACACCAGUAUGCAUCAUCAAUAUUAUCAACAAACCCAUCAUCAAAUGAUGUCCGGCUCUCAUCAUCAUCAUCAUCAUCAACAGGGCAUGCCAACGGGCUACGAAAUCAUGUUACCUCCGCCACAACAUUCCAUGUGACCAACGGAUUACGAUGGCGAACGAAACGAGCAAGGUCAUCACGGACCGAACGACGACUCCUUGGCUCGCAUUCACGCCUUCGCCUGAUUUUUCGUGUCCCAAAGUUUUUCCAUUGGUGUAUUAUCGUCAUCGUGUAACAUCGAUGCUAACGAAAGGACAAAUUUUCUUCGAUCUCGUCGAUUCUCGUCACGUGGGAAAAAGAAUCAUUGAUAUCGACGACAGACAAUACAUUUGAGAUAUUUUUUUAACCUGCUCGACGGAUAGCGAACUACGGAUCAACUAUCGUUCUUGAUACUGACGAUUAAAAAAAAAGAAAAAAAAAAGAGAAAAGGAAAAAUCAAAAAAAAAAAGAGACAAAGAGAAAUGAAAGAUCGAUUCGAUUCGUCACUUAAAAACUGUGAUUAACAAAUCGGUUACGGUACCAACCAAUUUCUUCGAAUUGAAGGGCCUAAAGGUAUCUUAUAAUAAAUGAAAUAGCGACGAAUGCAUUGAAAAUGUAUUUAAAUUGCGCGAAAGAACAUCGGCCAUCUUUGCAGGAAGCGUGAGAUAAAUGAUUUAGCCAAUGGGAGACCGAGGCAAUAUAUCCAUUAAAUAUCAGGGAGGAGCUCGAAAAACUGGUUUUACUCGUGCGCGAACGCGCACACGCACACGCGUACAUACCCACACACACACACACACACAACCUACCACCAACACGUAAUUCUUUUAUUUACUUUCGAGAUAUCAUGGCGUAUUAGAAAAAUCCUGCUGUGUAAGUAAAUUCUGACGAACGAUGAUGGUUCGAUAGCCGUAAGUAAUACUUCGAUGAAUUUUUAAAAUGUUUCUCGUCACACUUUUUUUCUUAAAUAGAGUAUUCUAUGUCACAUCGAGUUAGUACAUACAUACUUAAUAAACUUUAUCACCGAGGUGAUAGAAAAAUUAAAAUCGAUUACGAUUAUAACGGACAACAAGAAAAAAAUAAAUAAAUAAAUAAAGAUAAAUAAAUAAAUAAAUUAGUCGAAUUUUAUGAAAUUCGUGUAGCAAUGUCCAUAACGCGAAGCGUACGUAAAAAAAAAAAAUAAUAAAAAAUAAAAAAAAUAAAAAAAGAUACUUCGUUUAGACUUCAGAAAGAAAUCAACACAACGAUCCAUAGCAGUUUAUUGUCAGAAUAAAAAGGUUUAACGUUUUACGAUAUAUUUUGGAUAUGGUCCGCACGAUAUCUUUUAUCUUUUAAAAAUAUAAAUUUAUCUAUCGUGUAUCUCUGUAGUAUUUUGCUUUAAACGAAUUAUUAGAACUGCGAACGAAAUGCACUGUGUGUAUGUAUACGUAUGUGUAUAUGUAUGUAUACAUAUAUAUGUGUGUGUAUAUAUAUAUAUGUUGCAUGAAUCGACUAAAAAGAAAUUUAUUUAUAUUGAACUUACAUAUACGAUUCCGACGUAACACGCUGCAACAGUGUGUGGAAAUAAAUACGAUGAUCAUCGAAAUUACUGCUACGGACGAACCUCUUAUUUUCCAAUACCUAUGUAUAUAAAAAAGCAUAUAUAAUAUUCUAAUGAUAAUGUAUGUAAUGUAUAUAAUGAGAGAAAGUAUCUGUGUAUUCCCCAAAAUUAGUGAUUUUUAAUAAAUAAAAUGUAAUUCGUACUGAGAGAUCUUCUCAGAAUUAAAUCAAAGACAAAA